UGGAUGCAAAAGUGCGCCACACUGCGCUAGCGCCGUGGCGGGCGGCCCCGCGUUAUGGUUAAGAUUUAAGAACUUGAAAAGUUGUUUUCAGAGUCUGAAUCUUCCCGCAACUCAGAUCAAUCAUUCUUCUUUAUUCUAUCGCCUCUUUUUCUUUUCCUCUCUGUUAUUAACAGAGAGAUUCUUCUCUUCUGCAACCUAAGCUUUGGAUGGGCUUAAACCAUGAACGGCAAGGCUACUGUUUCCAAAGAGCUUAAUGCAAAGCACGCCAAGAUACUUGAGGGGAUACUUAAACUGCCAGAGAACAAGGAAUGUGCUGAUUGCAAGAGCAAAGGUCCCAGAUGGGCUAGCGUGAACCUCGGAAUCUUCAUUUGCUUGCAAUGUUCUGGCAUUCACAGAGGCCUCGGAGUACAUAUCUCAAAGGUGAGGUCUGUCACUUUAGAUACAUGGCUUCCGGAGCAGGUUGCAUUUAUCAAAUCAAUCGGAAAUGAUAAAUCAAAUGGCUAUUGGGAAGCUGAACUACCACCAAAAUAUAACAGAGUUGGCAUUGAAAAGUUUAUCCGUGCAAAGUAUGUGGAAAAAAGAUGGGUUCCAAGAAAAGUUGUUAGACUGGAGCCUAAGCCAGAAGCUGAUAAAUAUCUAAAACCGUCUUCCUCGGAUGUUGAAAAGGAAAAGCUAAACUGGAUUACAUUUGACACUGAUAUGGAAAAUCCAAGUUCCAGUUUUUCAGGAGUGUCAACCCCUGAUCCCAACCCAAACAUCAUUAAAAGUAUAAAAUUGCCAUCCUAUGAGUCCAAGAAGCCAAACACUAGAAAUGAUAUCCAACCAGUCUUCUCAGCACCUAGAGUUGAUUAUGGUUCUCAACUUUUUGAUAUGCUCUUCAAGGAGGAGACUAAAGAAAAUUUCAAGAAAGCAUCUGCACUUCCAGAGGGAUCUAAAUGUGUAGGAGAGAAACCACUCAUUAAGAAGAAUGUUUCCUCAACCAUUACAGGAAGUACAAAUAAAUUUGAUCCUGGGAUUGAAGAACUUAUUAAAGAUUUCAGUCCUGUCACAGAGAUAUCCCUGAAUGUUGUGCAGAACAUGCCAUACCCCUUUGGCAAGGUUUUCUAAAAUAUAGUUCUUGCUAAUCACAUUUCAUAUUCCUUGUUAUUAAAAUUGCGACACCAAGGGAAUCUGGUGUAAAUUUUGUGCCACUGAACCCAUCUAGUUGGGAUUAAGGGCCCGUUUGGUGGUUUACACAUUAAAACUUUACAUGCAAAGUGAUUGCAUGUAAAGUUUAGGGCCGUAAAAUAGUUUGCAUGUAAAAUAGAAAUACAUCAUUUGACUAUGCGUGUAAUGUUUUUUUUAAAAUACAUGUAAACUCUUUACAUUGUUUGUUGUCAAAUAAAUUUACAUGUAAAAUAUUUAGAAAAA